AUGGAGAACUACCCAUUGAAUAAUUCAUCCUACCCGGAUUCCGUAAAUUCCUCCCCACGGUCCCUCGAAAAUUCCUCCGGGGAUGAGGCCAUUUCUUCUUCAUCUGCCUACUUCAAAGUCAAGUUCUUGUGCAGUUACGGCGGUAAAAUCCUCCCCCGCCCUCAUGACAACCAGCUCACUUACGUUGGCGGCGACACCAAAAUUUUAGCGGUUGAUAGGAACAUCAAGUACUCCAUGUUCAUCUCUAAACUCUCUUCGCUUUCUGAUUCCUCUGAAGUAAGUUUUAAGUAUCAGUUGCCCGGAGAAGACCUUGAUGUUGUUUCUAGUGCAGAGCUGGUAAAGAAUCCAAGAACGAAUAUUGGUGGAUACGAUGCUAAGUUUUUGUGGAUGGGAGUCAGCAGUAAAUUUAAUGUUAGUCAGGCUGUCUUUGUUGCACCUUAUUGA